GGAAAGAAAGAAACCUCUCUCACGAUGCAACACCAGGCUUCGAUGCUACAUAUUUAACAGGCAGGUCACGAACGACGGAACGAAGAGGCAUCAACAACACGAAAUGAGACUGCCGGUUACAGCCAGAAAGCUGACGAUAGUUUGAUUACCACCCAUGCCAAUAUUGACUACAAUGACCCACGAAUACUAGCUGCCCACGCGAGCAGUUGUGGGAAGAAAACCUCUAAGCUAUUGAGAAGAUAGGGCCCCCGAACGGUGAAUCAAGCAUGUGCCUGACUCUUCACCCUGCGAGAACUCGAGAAGGGCCGGGAGGGCCAUGAGAAUCGGUGGAAAGAUUGGACAGAAUGGGACAAAAUGGAACAGGUUGCCGCGUGUCCCCCCGACGUCCCCCUUCGAAGCCUCAAGGGGCGGCUGGGGCCACGAGCUCGAGUCGAUGGAUGGCUCCGAAGGUGAGGGGGAAUGGGAAUAUACCUCAACGUCAACCUUCCGGAAAGGCCAACGCCUACAGGUAAACUCCAGUCUCCAUCUCGAGUUGCGGGGACCAAUCACGCGUUUAUUGGAACUUGGCGAGACGGUUGACAAUUCCAAGCACAACUCAUGUAAAGCUAAUAUAGGCAGGUAGUAUCGCCGGUAUUCUCAUCUAGGGGUUGUCCCUGGCACGAACGGUUGCUGGCAAGCAAGGAUGAGCCGUCGUCAUCCAUGAUCUCUCUGUCUUGGGGUUAGCAGCAAAGAAGCCGCACUAAACUGACUAACACACGCGCAGAUGUCUGGGGGACUCUGGGCAGGGGGGGAGUUUCCCCGUGGAAACGAACGACGCCCUGCAGUUCUGCACAGCAAACCGCAUUCAGCAGACUACAGACCACAGAGGUCGGCC